UCCCUCCCAGUCCGUGGACUCGGGACACCUGGCUCACUGAUUGGUCGGCCCAACUGCCUGUCACGCAGUGUUUUCUGACACGCAAGUUAGGUUGUGACUGCUCCGGGGGCUCAGAAAGCGGAAACUCCGGUCACGGCCAGGCAGGGAGGGGUAGUGAUUGGUGUCCGCCCCCCUCCCUCCUCCUGUAUCCUCGGCUGGAUGCUUGGCUCCCUGUGAGGAGGCUCGGAGACCUGGGCCGUAAGUAAGUGUGCCCCCCGGGUGGGAGAGGCCCCCGGUGCGGGCCGUGCUGCCGGGGGAAGGGAUGACUCUGGACUCCAUGAUGGCCUGCUGUCUGAGCGAAGAGGUGAAGGAAUCGAAGAGGAUCAACGCUGAGAUCGAGAAGAAGAUCAAGAGGGACAAGAAGGAAUCUCGGCGAGAACUGAAGCUGCUGCUGCUAGGUACAGGAGAAAGUGGGAAGAGUACUUUCAUUAAACAGAUGAGAAUAAUUCAUGGCUCUGGCUAUUCAGAAGAAGACAAAAAGGGCUUUACUAAGCUUGUCUAUCAGAAUAUCUUUACUGCCAUGCAGUCUAUGAUACGUGCCAUGGAAACAUUAAAAAUCCCCUAUAAGUGUGAGCAGAACAAGGCUAAUGCCCUCCUUGUGCGAGAAGUGGAUGUGGAAAGGGUCUGCACGUUUGAGCAGCCAUAUAUCAGUGCAAUCAAAACCCUGUGGAAUGACCCAGGUAUCCAGGAAUGCUAUGAUCGGCGACGGGAAUACCAACUGUCAGAUUCAGCCAAAUAUUACUUGACAGAUGUGGACCGCAUUUCCAAGCCAGGCUACCUACCCACCCAACAAGAUGUUCUGAGAGUCAGAGUGCCGACUACUGGUAUCAUUGAGUACCCUUUUGACUUGGAAAACAUUAUUUUUAGAAUGGUGGAUGUUGGAGGACAGAGAUCAGAGAGGAGGAAGUGGAUACACUGCUUUGAGAAUGUGACAUCCAUCAUGUUCCUUGUAGCGCUGAGUGAAUAUGACCAAGUCCUUGUGGAGUCUGAUAAUGAGAACCGGAUGGAGGAGAGCAAGGCUCUUUUUAGAACUAUAAUUACCUACCCAUGGUUCCAGAACUCCUCGGUCAUCCUUUUCCUAAACAAGAAGGACCUUCUUGAAGAUAAGAUUAUGUACUCUCACCUUGUAGAUUACUUCCCUGAGUUUGAUGGCCCCCAGCGAGAUGCAACAACUGCUCGUGAAUUUAUUCUGAAAAUGUUUGUGGAUCUGAAUCCUGAUAGCGAUAAGAUAAUCUACUCACACUUCACCUGUGCCACAGACACAGAGAACAUCCGCUUUGUUUUUGCUGCUGUCAAAGACACCAUCCUACAGCUAAAUCUUAAAGAGUACAACCUGGUGUGACCUGACACCCCUGCAUAACCCAUCCCCUAUAGGGCAUAGUAACUUCUCUUUACUACCAGAUAUUGACUUUUUCUUUUUUUCUUUGUUUUUUCCCCUUUUUUUUUUUUUUUUUUUUUUUGUAAAAUUGGUGUUCUUUUAUUUUUAAAUUUUAAUUUUUUUUUAAAUUUAUUUUUUUUUUGCCAAAUUUGUGAAAAUGCAGCAUAAUGCUGCAAGUCUGCCUUUGAUAGAAGUCGUAAAACUAAGUGAUUUUUUUUUUAAUAUAUAUAUAUAUAAAUAUAUAUACAUAUAUGUAUUUUAAAUUGUUUCUACGGAAAUGUGUCUACAUCUUUUACAAUACGUGAAUGAGCAGAGGCAAUGGGACAGUUCCUCUAGUCUAUAUGUACUUUGUUUUAUACCUGCCUUCACAGCCGCAGUUCUUUUGGCUUGAGGUUUAUUUUACUGGGUUGCUCCCUGACCAUUCCUCACCGAAAUGAUUUUAUUCUGUCAAAGCUGUUAAAUUGCUUUGUAGGUUGUAACUGAUGAUACAAAUGACAGGGCUAACAUGUAAACUUUCUAGGGAUUAUGAAAUCGGUUGUGUGUGUAUGUGUUUGUAUAUUAUAUCCCAUUUUUCAUAUUUUCUUCCUUUACAAUAACGAAUAUUUUCCCAGUAAUUGUUAACCUUGCUUUUUCCAAAGGUGCCUUUAAAGAAGCACUCCGGAAAAAUGUUUUUGCUUAUAUAGUGCAGCAUAGGCUAUUAGAGAAUUAUGUAGAGAUUCUUGUGUAUGCCUUGUGCUUAACUGUUUCAGCUGAUGUGGCAUGCAUGGAUUUUCAGUCAUACAGAUUUGUCUUUACACACUGAAAUGAUUUUCUAAUACUGCCUACAUUACCCAGGAAUCCACUGACUUUGCAAAGAGAGGGGGAAGGGGGGAUCUCAUCACUGUAGUACCCCUAAGAUCACCCGGUAAUCUAGUCACCGGACUAGAUUUCAGCAGCCUAGAAUGCUGAGACCUAAGUGGGUUAGGUUCAGUUCAUAUUAUGUGCAGUUUUGAUGCGUGUUUUAUUUUAUUUUUUUGUCUUAGAGAAAUAUUACCAUGAAGAGAGAGUAAUUUGAUCCAUAAUCACAAUUAAGGUGUUUUAUGAAGAUUUUAUGAAGAGUCUAUGUUCACACACACCAUUUUUACUGCAUUUUUCACACAUUUUUACUGGGUUUUAACUGUGUCUUUGCUGUAAUUUUUCCAGAUCACAGUAAAACUGGGGGAAUAAAACUGGAGUGCUUCUUUAAGGAACACCAUGUCACAGUUUGGUGUUACAAAAAAAUAAAAUAAAUAAAAAAAAGUGUAAUAUACUCUGUAUAGUAAAUAGUGCAAGCCAAAAGUGGAGAAUUUGCACUUAGCGAUAAAUUCCAAUCUUCCAUCGUCCUCAUGGACGUGGCAGUAUUAUGGCUCUGUAUCACCUGUAAUGCAACACCCAUAGAAGUGUAUAGUUCCCUAUUGUACCUUCCAAUGCCUCAGAUUGCAUAGUGAGGUUUAUUUAUUUGUGUGUCAGACUCUGUAUGAAUCAGAGAAAAGUUUGUGCCACGUUCCAUUGGAUGCCAUAUUACUGAAGUAUUCUUGCCUGCAAAAAAUACUUUAAAACACUGCACCUACAGUAUGGAGCUGCAGGGACUCUGUAUACAGCUUUUGUUGUGUCGUGAAGCUUUAGGAAAAUGAGCUGUAUUGGUUGCUAUGGACAAAACCAUCACUUGUUAUUUACACCAUAUUUUAUUUUUAGAUAUGGCCGCCUAAGCCUAAUUUACCUCAAAGCCCUGCCUUUGGAGCCCCUUUAUAUUGUUAUAUUAGUGCACUACAUUGAUUGUUUGCUAGUAAGGGAUUUUCUCCCUUUUACAGUAGCUUUCCUCACUUGACUGUAGUAAUCUGCCUGACUUCUGCAGGGAUAUAGUCCUAGCAUCGCUGCCAACUCCAGCUUCCAUAGAAUGUUGAUUUAAUGAUACAUUUAUACAUUAUUUUUUUUCUGUAAUAUUGAAAUAGCACUACAAACUGUAAAGUGAAGAUCCAUUUUGGAUUAGCUUUGGCUCUGUAGUCAUCACUUAUUAUAUCUAUCGUCUUUAGAGAUCAGUAAGCUGCUGUUAACAUAAAAGAUCAGCUAACAGCUUGCUGGUGGCUUCUGGAUGUCAAGUGUCUUACUCAGCAUAUGUUUAUCAAAGGUGGAGCCUAACUUCGACAAGAAAACAAGCACUCCAUAGGGUUAAACCAAACUACACCAGGUGUGGAAUAAUGGC